UCAGAGCGUCAGCUGGCCGAAUGUUUACAUCCAGCAGUGGUGUGUUUCAGACUGGAUCCCCACAACAACAAAAGGCUGAGCACAAGGAGACCCGCUAAGACAGAGACCAUCGGUCGGCAUUCCCACAAGUCAACAUGGGUGGAGCUGUGAGUGCCGGUGAGGACAAUGACGACUUGAUUGACAACCUGAAGGAGGCUUACUACAUCCGCUCAGACCUGGUGGAGCGGGCCUUUCGAGCUAUCGACCGGGCUGACUAUUACCUGGAUGAAUACCGGGAUAAUGCCUACAAGGACUUGGCAUGGCGGCAUGGAAAGAUCCACCUGUCUGCUCCGUGUAUCUACUCUGAGGUGAUGGAGGCUUUGGACCUCCACCCUGGCCUCUCCUUCCUCAACCUGGGCAGUGGGACCGGCUACCUCAGCACCAUGGUCGGCCUCAUAUUGGGACCCUUUGGAGUGAAUCACGGAAUAGAGUUACAUGCAGAUGUGAUUGAUUAUGCCUACCAGAAGCUCGACUCCUUCAUCAAAACCAGCGACAGCUUUGACAAAUUUGAAUUCUGUGAGCCGUCCUUUGUUGCGGGUAACUGCCUGGAGAUUCCUCCAGAGAGCCGUCAGUACGACAGGGUGUACUGCGGGGCCGGGGUGCAGAAGGAGCAUGAGGACUACAUGAAGAACCUGCUUAAGGUGGGGGGCAUUCUGGUGAUGCCUCUCGAGGAAAAGUUGACCAAGAUCACCCGUACGGGGCCGAACAGCUGGGAGACCAAAAAGAUCAUUUCUGUGUCCUUCGCUCCUCUGAUGCUGCCUAAACACAGCACUAAUCGCAAACCCAAGAAUGUCCCUCUACCUAAGUAUGAGGUACGAACGUUACAGGAGCUGGCUCGCAUCUGUAUCCGCCACACCCUCAGGGUGACCACAGAUGGAGGAGACAGCCAGUCACGCGGCCGAGGUUCCUCGUUCAGCGUUGGCAGGGGUCUGGCGGUGGCCGGGCUCCAUAAGUACGGCCCUCGCUUCAAACGCAGACGCGUCCACCGGCGCCACUGCAACGCCCUCGUCCUGGCCACGCGUCAGGUGGUGGCCAGCAGUGGCAUCGGCCCCGCCCCUCCCGACGGCAACGACACCCAGGGAGGGAGAGCGGAAGACGAGGAGGAGGCCGGAGAGAGGGAGGCGAGGCGGCAGAUGAGGGGGAGCAGGAGGGCGGGGAGGGGAGUUGGAGGGGUGGUGGAAGAGGAGGAGAUGGUGGCGGAAGAAGAUGAGGAGGAGGAGGAGGAGGAAGAGGAGCAGCAGGAGGAGGAGGAGGAGAAGGAGACCGGGGAGCUGCUCCGGCCCCAGCCGGCCGUGAACAUCCUCAGAGAGAGGAUCCUGGGCCUGCCGCUGCCCGAGCCUCUGAAGAUGUACCUGCUGUACUACAGAGAGAAAUGAGCCCGCACCUUACACCCCCACCACCACCACCACCACCUGUACAAGGCAGGACAACAUGCCACGCACCUUACUGACCCUCAGCUCCGCUCGCUCACCUUCUCCAUCAUCCAUUCUCUUUGCCACUCCCUCUUUUUUCCCGUUCCCACCCUUACUUGAUUUAUUUCCUGACACCAUAACGAGUCAGCUCAAUUUCUCCAGUGGAGGGGGAGGGGAAUGGUGGGGGGCAACAAUUUAGACAACCAAACAGUCACUGAUGUACAACUUUGCUUCUCCAUUCAUGUGCAAAAUAAAUAGAUACAAGUACAUGAGUCAUACACAGAUGAUCAGUUUGCUGCUCUGUAAAUCCAAAAUGCCAAUCAAGCCUUGCCUAUCCGCAGCUUAACAGUGGCCUGAGUACCUACAGCUUAGUGGUGCUGAGAAGGAGGACCAUCGUUGUUUGGUCUACAGUGGCAGAGCAGACAUGGCAAAGUUCAGACAGUGUAGCAUCGAGCAGAGAGAGAAGCUUACCCAUAGACCAGAAGGCAGAGGACAGCCCCUGCUCUUUUCUAUCCACCAAUUCCAGCUGUGCCCCAAGUUAGAGAUUAUACGUUUUAUGUUUAAGUGGUGAAGCUAGUUUGUCCGCAUGUGGUGGUGUGUAUCAUCAUCUAAUGGGGACGGUGUAGUUUGAGAGAGGAAGACAUGGAGUGGGCCCAGAGCUCAAGAGGAAAACGUGUAUUUAAAGUUGCAAUGAUGUUAUAUUUUCUCUCUCAAUCUAUCAUAGUCCAUGAUAUUGAAGCUUGUGACCAAGAUGGUGUGGCGGUUAUUUCCACUCCUUUCCAAAUAUAAGGGGAGCUUUGUUACGAGCCCUCAGUCCAUUAAAUCAUUUAAAUUUAAAUAAUCUGGGUUUUUUUCAAGGCAGAGGCUUGCUCAUCAUUUCAGGCAUUCUUUUAGGAGACUAGUAGAUUUAAUAGAAGGUUGAGUUCUCCCCUUUUCUAUGCAUAUAUUUCACUGUAUGAGUAAAAGUCCACUGUUGUCUCCUGAUGUCGCCACAUGGAGAUGAAACUGGACUAAAUCCUAACAUUUGUAUCCAAAGGGCAUUCUCGCUGUUUUUCUCUACAUCCCAUUUUAUUCUCUAAACCAGAAGAGAAUGACCAUAAAGAUCACAUACUUACCAAUAUUCCGAUUGACAUAAGUAAACCAGCAUGAUAACGCAUAAAUUAAUGUUUUUGAUGACUGACAGUUCGCAGGGUUUCUUUCAACGUGCUGUCAUCUUUUUCUUGUCAUAUUUUUUUAAAUAUCAUGAGACUUGAAGUGGCGUGUACAGUACAUAUAAAAAUCGUAUGUUUUGUGAAUCAUAAAACGAUAAAAAAAAAGGAGAUACUUUGAUUAGUAGGGCAUCUACUGGGGCAAGUAUCUUAUCUCACAUUUUUCUGUUGUAAUAAGUUAGAUGGAGCGUUAUUCCUUUGUACUGUUUGCUUUUGUACCAAACUUUCAGCUCCCCUCUGUGCCAAACUUCUGUUGCAUGGACAGAAUUCUCAAGAGGAAACGGCAGAUCAUCAACAAGUCACGCCUGAAGAAGAAGAAUUUGUUGAUGUUUAUUUUUUUUACAUUUAAAAAAAUCUGCUCCACUACCACUGAAAUGACACUUGUGGUUGCUUAUGUAUUAGUUAUCAUGUAAAGCUUUGAAUUCCUCCCAUUGGAAAGUUGUUUUUUUUUUGAAGAAUGUGAUGGAUAGCAAAUAUAAAAAAUAUUUGCACAAGGCAAAACAGACUGCAUCAGUAAAUACAGUCAAUGAGAUAAAUAAUAGAUAUGAUCACAAUAAAAGAAGGAAUUUGAAUAUGAACAGCUUAUAUUGGUAUUUUCUCCAACACUGAAUGGGAGUAUUGUGGCCAACAAGCAGGUCCUCAUCAGGCCAGGUUUUCUCCCUUCUGACUCCUGCUGAGUGUAAUGUCAUGCUUCACUGUUUGGCCAUUCUACCAUUUCUACUGCUGCUGGAUCUGCCUUUAAGGACUGUAUGCACACCAUUCCUUUAUUGGACAUGAGUACCAUUUCUGUUUGGUUGUUGUGCAUUUGUGAUUGUCUGCUGAAUGUACAUGAUCAUGACAGUUUUUUGGGGGGGAGGGGGUUUCUUUUGCAUUUGAUAAUAUGUUUUGGAGAGAAUGAAUUGCUUGUUUUUAAAAUUGAGCUGUAUUAUUGACUGCUGUUAAUAAAG